GGCAGCAGCAGCAGCAGCGAGUAACCUAGCUGAGUGGCUGCCGCCCUCCUCCUCCUCGGCCAAGGCCAGCCCCGGUAGCGCCCAUUCGGGGACGGGAGUCCGCGUGAACCGUCCCCAGCGGGGCCCCCGCCCGGCCUCUCUCUGCACCCGGCACUCCAGGCUAAUUCUCUCCUGCCUCACGCAGCACGCUCGCUUCUUGCCCAGCGCCAUGGCGGCGGCGGCAGCAGCAGGCGAGCCUAGCAGCGGUGGAGGCCGAUAUCAGCAGUUGCAGAAUGAGGAGGAGCCUUGUGAGAACCUGCAAAUUGUAAAUGAUUUCCCACCACCUUACAGCAGCAUUUCUGGGGAGAACGCAGUGUAUUUUGAUUAUAAAGAUGAGGCUGGGUUUCCUAAUCCCCCGUCUUACAAUGUAGCCACAACCCUGCCUACUUAUGAUGAAGCAGAGAGAACCAAGGCGGAAGCUACCAUACCUUUAGUUCCUGGGAGGGAGGAGGACUUUGUGGCACGGGAUGACUUUGAUGAUACUGACCAGCUGAGGAUAGGAAAUGACGGCAUUUUCAUGCUGACUUUCUUCAUGGCAUUCCUUUUCAACUGGAUUGGAUUCUUUCUCUCUUUCUGCCUGACUACCUCAGCAGCAGGAAGAUAUGGGGCCAUUUCUGGAUUUGGUCUGUCUCUCAUUAAGUGGAUCUUGAUUGUCAGGUUCUCCACCUAUUUCCCUGGUUACUUUGAUGGCCAGUACUGGUUGUGGUGGGUGUUCCUUGUGUUAGGCUUUCUCCUGUUCCUCAGAGGAUUUAUCAAUUAUGCAAAGGUUCGGAAGAUGCCAGAUACAUUUUCCACUCUUCCCAGGACUAGAGUUCUCUUUAUUUACUAAAGACUGAUGUUUUCUGGCAACAUUUUCCUGCAUUGAUGAGUUCUCCCUUAAGUGGACACCUGCAGGAAAUAAAUCAAGACUCUCAACACAGAAGGAAAAAUAAUAAUCACCCGCUUUAAAAUGAAUAAAGUACUGUUGGAAAAAAGAAGCAUUUCUUUCUAUUUGUUUCUAGAUGUAAAAUUUUAAUAGUUUAAUGCAGAACUCCUGUAAUCAUUGAAUCAUUAGUGGCUAAUGUUUGAAACGGCUCUUGCAAUCAAGUCUGUGAUGUUACUAAUAAUGCCUUAUAUAGUAUUUGUAGUUCUUUAAAUAGCAUGAGCUAUUGCCCUGCAGCCAGAAGGGGUCAGUCUUGCUUUUUGUUCUCCUUAAAAUUGAACUUUGAAUAUGUUUUCUUAGUGUAAGAUAAGUAAUAAUGCUGGCCAUUGUGAAGGGGUGUUCUUGGAACUUUAGAAAUUUGUUUUGACUGUAUUUCUGCACAUAGUAUGUAUCUGUUGUUAAAAUAAAAUGAAAACAACCUGGAAAUAAAAUCUACAUGUACCAUG